AAAUUCACCAUUUUUGGAUUCUCUCUCUGGACACACGAAAAUGUUCACGCGCUGCCCAGUCGAAAUUCCAGAUCCUUCCACAUCCUUCUCCAAUCAGGGGGCGCCCACCGUCUUCUCCAUAUAUUAUUCCCAAUCUCAACCUUUCCGUUCAUUCAUUUAUUCUUCAUUCGCCCAUAAUCGUCUCCUCUCUGCAUUUCCUUCUUGCACUUCUCUCUUCCCUUUUCAAUUCUCGAGGAAAAGUGUAUUUUGUAUUCAAACAUGGCUUCCGAACCCGAAGUGUCCGAGAUUUUUGCGGUGUUCGAAAGGAUGGUGAGAAACAGAGACCUUACGCUGUUUCUCCCAUUCAUCUUUGGCUUAUCUAAUGCUGCUUUCAGAAGUGAAGGCGAAGACUCAGGUCAGGAAAAUGAGAGUGGAGAAAGUCCCCAACGCGAAAGAAUCAUCUUGAUCAACCCCUUCACGCAGGGUGUGGUGGUGAUCGAUGUUGCUUCUAGCCUCGAGGGCCUGUUUCGUGAUUUGGGUAGUGGCAAGGGUGGGCAGCCUCCAGCUUCUAAAGAAGCCAUAGAUGCUUUGCCCAGUGUUAAAAUUGAGGAAGGUGAAGAGGGAGAGUGUGUGAUUUGCUUGGAGGAGUGGGAAGCUGGUGGGAUGGUCAAAGAGAUGCCUUGUAAGCAUAAAUUUCAUCCCAAUUGUGUAGACAAAUGGUUGGGGAUACAUGGGUCUUGCCCAGUUUGCAGGUAUGACAUGCCUAUUGAUGAAGUUGGGAAGAAGAGAGACGAAGAAGACGGGGAAGAGAGGAGGAGAAGGAUUGGGAGAGAAGCUUGGGUCAGUUUCUCUUUCAAUGGUGAAGGAGGAAGUAGUGAGAACUCAAAUCAGGCCCCUUCAGGUGAUUCUCGUGAUUCUUCAUCAAGUCCGAGAGAUGAUGAUGAGGCUGCUGAUAGUUAGGGAGGAGAUUUUGUGAUAAGUUGUACAGAUCACAAGAGCACAAAUAUGAAAUAAAAUAAUCAAUUUUCUUGGUU